UAACGCGCAAAUGAUUUCCCAGGAAUUGUGGUUAGUUCCUGGUUCCGACUUCUCAGGUGUUCGUAGAAAGCUCACUGUUGCUUUGGUCUGUGGAGUGUAGAUAGAUCCCCCUUUCACUCUUAAUAACCUAUCAUCUUCCUUUUCGAGUUUUGAGGUUACAAAUUUCGUUUAGAUGAGGCUCUUGCAGUUUGGUUUUUUGGUUGCUUUGGCAUCUGGCCUCUCGGCGAUCCUCAUCUAUAUCGCCGGCGUCUCCAAUCUAAAUGCGAUCCACCAGCUAUCGCAUGAAGAUGUAGAAGCAUUGGAAUCUCUGCAGAGCAGUUUCCGGAAGUGCGUGAAUGCAAAUGGAUUAGGUUUACAAGCAGUUACUGGUAAUGAUUAUUGCCAAGUCAUAAUAAACUUUCCUAGUGAUACUGUUCCUAAGUGGAAAGAUCCAAAAACUGGAGAACUUGAAGGAUUAUCGUUUGAAUUUAAUCUUUGUGAAGCUGUGGCUACAUGGGAGCAGGUGCGGAAUAGCACUACUGUACUCACAAGGGAGUUCAUUGAUGCUUUACCAAAUGGAUGGGAGGACUAUGCGUGGCGCAGGAUUAAUAAGGGAAUACUUCUUAACCACUGUCAAAAUAAAACUUUAUGCGUGGAGAAAUUAUCAUUGGUUCUCCCUGAGACACCACCAUAUGUUCCAAGACAGUUUGACCGCUGUGCUGUUAUUGGUAAUUCGGGUGAUCUUUUAAAGACAAGAUUUGGGAAGGAAAUAGAUGGUUACGAUGCUGUUGUCAGAGAAAAUGGUGCCCCCACGCAGAACUAUACAGAUUAUGUUGGUAAGAAAAGUACAUUUCGUCUUCUUAACAGAGGAUCUGCCAAAGCCCUUGAUAAAGUUGUGGAAUUAGAUGAAACAAGGACGGAGACCCUGAUAAUCAAAACAACAAUACAUGACAUCAUGAACAAGAUGAUUCAGGAAGUUCCAAUAAACAAUCCUGUGUAUCUCAUGUUAGGUGCAUCCUUUGGUUCAGCAGCAAAGGGAACUGGCCUCAAGGCACUUGAAUUUGCACUUUCUAUUUGUGAGUCAGUUGAUAUGUAUGGUUUUACUGUGGAUCCAGGAUACAAGGAAUGGACCAGAUAUUUCUCAGAGUCUCGACAAGGUCAUACUCCUCUGCAUGGAAGGGCUUAUUACCAGAUGAUGGAGUGUUUGGGCCUCAUUAAAAUCCAUUCUCCAAUGCGAGCUGAUCCGGACCGUGUUGUGAAAUGGGUGCCAAGCUCAACCACAAUUCGAGCUGCUAGAGUUGCAUCAGAGAAAUUGUUGAGGAGGGUUGGAGCAGGAUCUGAAGACCCACUGGCCGCAUGUUCCAUUAGAAAAAAGCAGGUUAGAAGGUCCACAGUUAUUUCAAGUCUCAGAAAAGCGGCUGUUGAACAUCGAAAGUUUGUUAAAGGCACAACAUUGUAUCCCUUGGAGCACAGUCUUGGACAUGGUAUGGUCUGCACUCUCCCAACAGAUUGAAACUGAGCUAAUUUAGCGUUGUGCGAGCUGAUUGAGAAUUGUCAAGUUAUUGAUUCAUGUACACCAUGCGAUAGCUACUAGAUCAGGGAGGGAGUUUUAUGAGAAUUAUCCCGGAGGCAGAAACAAUUGAGCUGCACUAUUGGGAUUUCUUGCUUAAUAGCUUUGUAUACUCUUCUGGCUCUGUCUAGUUUCACAAAAUUUUGGUUUUGCAAAGUUAGAACUUAGAAGGCGAACGUUGGUGAAGAAAUCUCUUUUUUUUUUCACAGAUUCCAAGUGUAUUUUAAUCAUUCUGAGUCAAAGCAGUGUUAAUCAAAUUCACCUUGAUAUUAUUAUUCUGCAAGGGGUCCUUCCA